CUGUCUUUAUUAGCGGCUGUCCGAGCAGAACAGCCGCUCUCCCCUGCUCCAAGCCUUUUCCGAUAACCGUGGUUAAGUAGCUGCAGCGGCCAGGCACAGAAACUGUCUCCGGCUGUAAAUCAUGGCCAGGAAAGGUUUCUGCGACUCCAAGCCUCUGCUGGACUUACACAAGAAGGUGGAUGAGAGGCGAGCCCCUUUAAGAACUUGGGCUAAUGCCUGUGGGCCUAUAGAUCGUUGGCAGCUGGUAGAAGUAGACGAGUCCAAGAUGGCCCCCAUCAAAAUGGAACCAGAACGCAAAUGGGAAAGGAGGAUAUCCAUGCAAACAAGUGAAGGCAUCAUCCUGGGGUUCCACGAAGACAGUCGGGCACACUCAGCUGCAGAUGGAUGUGUGAAGGAUCCUGUGCUUCUUUACACUCAUGGACUGCAGGGUCUGCACAGCCUACAAUCACUUAUGCCCAGCUUGCUGCGCCACGAGGUAGAGAUGGCACUGGAGAAACUGGACCUUAUAUGGGACCGGACAUAUGCCUGGGACAUGUUCUUAGACAUGAUGAGAAGUCAAACGCGGUACUCUUUUCCCACCGCUGACCUGCUCCAGCAUUUCACAGAUGCCACUCGAGCUAUCCUGGUAGACUGGCUCAUUCAAGUUCAUGAGAUGAUGCAUUUCCAGGAAGAGACCCUCUGUCUGGCCGUGCACCUCCUCAACCGCGCCAUGCGUCAUAUCAAGGUGACCACUGCCAAUCUGCAGCUCCUCGGCAUGGUUUGCCUUUUCCUUGCUGCAAAGAAAGAAGAGUGUCUCCUCCCUGAGGUGUCUGGACUCUGCUACUUGAUGGACCACACAUACACAAAGCAUCAGCUGCUGCGAAUGGAGCGCAAAGUCCUCUGUGGACUAAAGUUUGAUUUGUCCUACUGCCCCCCUCUGCAUUUCCUUCUCCUUUUUGCCUCCAUUGCUCGCUGUAGUCCUAAGAUGGUGUGGAUGGCUCGUUAUCUGCUGGAGCUGUCUCUUCUGGAGGGCCAGUGUGUGGUGUUUCUGCCUGCGCAGCUGGCAGGAGCAGCCCUCUCCUUGUCUCGCAAAGUCCUGCAGGAGCCCGUGACACCAGAGGGGGAAGCUGCCUGGUGUCUCGCAUCCAGCAUUCAUGUGGGAAGUGAGACGCUCCUGCUGAGGAUCAUGCACAUUUUGGCCAGUGCUGCAGCCAAGGCCCACAGCCAAGAAACGUGUGCUACUUUUAUUAAAUUCUCCUCCCCAGAAACUAUGCAAGUCAGUAGGCACCCGGGUCUAAAGAAUGCCUCUGCUCUGCUGGGCAUAUGCAAAUGACAUACCCGACUCACAGAAACUUCAUUAUGUGCCACAGCUUCAAGGUGGAGGGAUUAAACCAGUAAAACCUGAGGACUCUGUCUGUGGUCAAGUUCUUAUACUCUUUGCCAGGAAUUGCCAUGGAAAUGGGUGAGGAAGAAAUAUGAAAGAUUUGAUGCCAAACAUUGUUUGACAAAGAAUUGCAUGCACUUCAAAUGCAUUUGACGUAGCCAACCUAGUGGCACUGUUGUUUUAUAUUGUCUUGCAGCUGAUUUAGAAAAUAUUUGAAUUAUACAGAUGUCCUUGUCCUUUGUGGUGAGCUGUCUAUCAACGUAUUCAAUUUAUUUGAAAGUUUUAAUGUAAAAAUAAAGUGUCUGCUGCAAAGUAUUGCA